AUGCAUUUAUUUCAUAGCAUUUUCUUUCUUUUCAUUCAUUCUUUUUUUCUUCCUUUUUUAACUUUCGUUUAUCUUUCUUUGUUUUAUUUUUCUUUCUUUUUUCAUUCACUCUUUUUUCUUUCUUUGAAUUUUAUCUUUCAUAUUAAACUUUCUUUUAUUUCUCUUUCUUUCUUUCUUUCUUUCUUUCUUUCUUUCUUUAACUGUACUUUCUGUCUUUUUUUCUUUUUAGAACUAUUCUUGUAUCCUUUCGUUUUUCUUUCUUUCUUUCUUUCGCUACAUUUCUUUUACAUCGUCCAUAUUGUAUUUUUAAACAUUCUUUUUCAUUUUCUUUUCUUUUUUCUUUCUUUUCUCUCCAUUUCUACAAAGCUUUAUUUUCUUUCUCUCCAUUCUUUCCUUUUUGACUUUCUUUCUUCAUACUUGUGCUCCUUCUUAUUUUCUUCUCUCAGAGUUUUCACAGAAUAUCUAUCUUUCUUUUUUACUUCCUUUUUUCCUAUCUUCUUCGUCUCUUCAGCUUGUUAUUCCUUUUCUGAACUUAUUCUUUUUCAAAUUAAUAAGCCUUUCUCGUCUUUUAUCUUAAUACGCUUGUUCCUUCCUUCCUUCCUUCCUUCCUUCCUUCCUUCCUUCCUUCCUAUCUGUAUUCAACGGGUUAUUCUUUUCUUAAUGCGACUUCCUUUCACGUUUAUUCUCUCAAUAGGCUCCUUCCUUCCCCUUCCUUCCUUCCUUCCUUCCUUCCUUAGGGGGGAUGUUUUGGGCUUUGUCCUAAGCGUUAAUGCAAUAAUUACCUGUUCGAAUGUUUAUCUUAACGAACUCGUAUAUUCCUCAUUAUUAUCUAUCUAUCUAUCUAUCUAUCUAUCUAUCUAUCUAUCUAUCUAUCUAUCUAUCUAUCAAAUGUACUCUUUGAAUUCUUACGCUUUAUUCUCCCGUGGACUGAAAUUCUUUAAAUUCUCAAAUGUGUUCGCUGUUAACUGGAGCACGCUAUCUAUCUAUCUAUCUAUCUAUCUAUCUAUCUAUCUAUCUAUCUAUCUAUCUAUCUGUUGUGUGUACUUACUGUUUAAUAUACGAUAUAACUGCAAACCUGAUUUUUGUUCUUACUUAACCAUUUACUUGGUCACAACACCAUCUAUCUAUCUAUCUAUCUAUCUAUCUAUCUAUCUAUCUAUCUAUCUAUCUAUCUAUUCUAUGAAUUAG